AAGGAAGUGAAUCACGAGCGAGGAGUUAAAAUCUCCAGUGAAGAGGAGCCCCUCCGUCAUUUGAACACUGUCACUGGUCAAAUACCACAAUCCGCUGCACACCAUGGCUCAAGCAGACAUUGCACUGAUUGGUUUGGCUGUCAUGGGCCAAAACCUCAUCAUGAACAUGAAUGACCAUGGCUUCGUGGUCUGUGCUUACAACCGAACCGUGUCCAAGGUGCACGACUUCCUGAAGAACGAGGCGAAGGGCUCCAAGGUGAUUGGAGCCGAGUCUCUGGAGGACAUGGUAUCCAAGCUGAAGAAGCCCAGGAGGAUCGUCCUGCUGGUCAAGGCAGGACAGGCUGUGGACGACUUCAUCGACAAACUGGUUCCUCUCCUUGAGGCUGGGGAUAUCAUCAUCGACGGUGGCAACUCUGAAUACAACGACACAACACGGCGGUGUAAGAGUCUGAAAGAGAAGGGCUUCCUGUUUGUCGGCAGCGGAGUCAGUGGUGGAGAGGAAGGGGCGCGUUAUGGACCCUCACUCAUGCCGGGUGGACAUAAAGAGGCCUGGCUGCACAUAAAAGACAUCUUCCAGAGCAUCGCUGCCAAGGUUGGAACAGGAGAACCUUGUUGUGACUGGGUUGGAGAUGAGGGUGCAGGUCAUUUUGUGAAAAUGGUCCAUAAUGGCAUUGAGUAUGGCGACAUGCAGCUGAUUUGUGAGGCCUAUCACCUCAUGAAGGACAUUCUGGGUAUGGACCACGAUGAGAUGGCACAGGCUUUCGAGAGCUGGAACAAGACAGAGUUGGACUCCUUCCUGAUCGAGAUCACGGCUAACAUCUUUAAAUACCGGGACUCUGAUGGCACACACCUGCUGCCCAAGAUCCGCGACAGUGCUGGACAGAAAGGCACAGGGAAGUGGACGGCCAUUUCAGCCCUGGAAUACGGCACACCUGUGACUCUGAUCGGGGAGGCUGUCUUUGCCAGAUGCCUGUCCUCUCUCAAGGAUGAGAGAGUCGAGGCCAGCCGCAGCCUUUCAGGGCCGCAGGGUGUCAAAUUCAGCGGUGACAAGGCUGUCUUCCUGGAGGACAUCAGAAAGGCUCUCUACGCCUCCAAGAUCAUUUCCUACGCGCAGGGCUUCAUGCUGCUGCGGCAGGCGGCCAAAGAGUUCGGCUGGACCCUCAACUACGGCGGGAUCGCUCUGAUGUGGAGAGGAGGCUGCAUCAUCCGAAGUGUCUUCCUGGGUAAAAUCAAAGAGGCGUUUGACAGAGACGCGGAGUUGCAGAACUUGUUGCUGGACACUUUCUUCAGUAAUGCUGUGCAGGACUGUCAGGAGUCGUGGCGCAGAACAGUGAGCACUGGAGUCCAGCAUGGCAUCCCGAUGCCCUGUUUCACCACCGCUCUGUCCUUCUAUGACGGUUACAGACAUGAAAAGCUGCCAGCCAACCUCCUCCAGGCCCAGAGGGACUACUUUGGAGCCCACACGUAUGAACUGCUGUCAAACCCCGGUCAUCACAUCCACACCAACUGGACCGGCCAUGGUGGAAACGUCUCCUCUUCAUCCUACAAUGCUUAAGGGUCAUCGUCACGUCACUCAAAAACAAACGGGAUGGAAGUUAUCUGAGAGAACUUCCAUCCUGUUAUCCAUAACACAUUCCAGCUUUAUAACCAUGAUAACCACGCCUGAAUAUUUAAG